AUGAUGAAAAUUCGUAUGGGUGAAGAGGAUUUAACUGCAACUUUAGCAGAGAUUCAACGAUUAUUCAAUCAAUGUUAUACAAGAUUUCAAGAGGUUAAAGAAAAGAAAUUAAUUCAAGAGAAUUUAAAUAUUAAAAUUUUAAAUGACUGGUUAAUUAAAGUUAGAAAACAAUCUUAUCUCCAAAAGGAGGCAUCUUCACUUGGUAUAACAAGUGGAAAAUAUACAGAUGCUGAUUUUGAAAUCAGUGAUAUUAAAUCAUAUAAUCUUUUGAAAGUUUAUAACCAUUUUCAAUCACUAUUAACAAAACAUAAAUUGGAGAGCGCUAGAAUUUUAAUGAUAAAAAGAUCAGGUUCAGUAUCUCAUAAUCUUAAACAUGAGAAUGAGGAAUCCUUCGACGAAGAAAAUGGCGUUGAGAAAAAGGAGGAUUGGAUUGGUGUAUAUGUAGCACCAACUGAGUCAAUAUUUUCAUUAUAUCCACCACCAAGACGUAUAGAUUCCACAACAGUACUUUGCACAAGUUCAAAAAUUGAAGAACCUGAGGAUAACACAAAUCAAAGGGACACUUAUUUAAGUGGUAUUCAAUUAUUUGAAUUGGGUUAUUUCAUUCAAUUGUUAUCAUCUGGUAAUCAUCGUGUUGUUGAAUGUUUUUAUGAUAAGAAUUCCGCUAGUGAUUUGGUUGAAACUAAAAUUUGGAAAGAUAUUAAAAACCUGGAAGUAAAUUCAAACUUUUUAUCAAUAAAUUUAAUUCAUCAUUGUUGGGGUGUUUCUAAAGGGUUGAUUGAAAAACUUCAAAGAUCUCCUUCAUUCUCUCCUUCAACUCCAUUAUCUCCAAAUACUUCAAAUGUAAUUCCACUCUCUGAAAAACGUAAAUCACUUUAUCAUGCUCAAAGAUUAAUCAAUAGAGCAGAGGAAAUUUUAGAUAAAAAAAAUUUCACUGUCUAUCUUGAUGAAGAUGAUGAUUCAACCGAAAGAAAUCUACUCUUAAGAAUUAAAAACUCUUCAGAUUUCAAUUCUGAUCAAUUAGUGUCUCUCACAACAAAUUGUCUCAAUCAAAUUAAAUCUGUGAAUGAUAAAAUUCAAAAACUUUCAAAUAUUUCUUCUGCUGAUAAAAAAUUAAAUGAAUUAUCAAUUAAACAAUCUUUAAAAACAAUUUUAAUUAAAAUUAGAAAAUCAAUGAUUAAAAUUAUUGUAUAA